CCCUGCUCCUAAUCAAACGCAUUUAUUCGCUGCAUAAUAUUAACAACUACACUCUAGAAGAAAUUUAACAACAACCUACUUGAAAUUUAUAAGGAAACUUUAUAGUUUACAUUUUGCUUACGUGUUGACAAAAUACGUUGAAAAAACACCAAGUUAUGACUAUAAUACAAGAGUGUUUUCAGUGACAAAUUAAGGCAACCGGACGUGAAUAAAGUUAUUAAUUAACACAGUUAUGAAUAAAAAACCGGCCAAGACUGGACCUAAGGUUCGUUUGACGAGAUCAUUGUCCAGGAACAAAAAAGUCGAAGAUACAGGGACUACGUUACACAGGCAGCUUGAAGACCGCAAGUAUAUAUACCAUUGCCAGUAUUGCCGAUUAAAAUUCACACAGAACAGUCAUUUCUUCCGCCACAUGACGUCUAAUCACGAAAUACAACAAAAAGAAGCCAAAUUCCAAUGCAAUGAAUGUCAAAUUGUAUUUUCAAAGAAGACUAACUUAGAUAUCCAUUGCCAAACGCACCAUCAAGCUAAAAGUAAGUCGAAAUGCGAGACCUGUGCUAUUACUUUUAAGUCACGUUACUGUUUACGGAGGCAUAUGAAGCUAAAACAAAUAUUGAUGGAAAAUUCAUGCUUGCAAUGUCAAAAAAAGUUUACAAGCAAGGAGAGGCUGGCGAAACACGUAUCAAAUAAGCAUAUGCUUAAAAAUGCUAUGUAUCAGUGUGUUAUGUGCUUAUUAAAGUUUAAGGCAAAGGAAUCUUUGCAAACACAUUUGAAUCGUAUACACAAGAGAUUAUGAUUGUGUAGAUAAUUUUUUUGUAAUUAUAUUUAUAGGCUGUUCCAAUCCAUUUCAAACAAAAUGUAAACAAACCUGUUUGGUUCAAAUUCUAAAGUAAUC